UUGGUAAGGAAGAAACGUAGUAUUCAAUGCAUUCAACUUUAGGUCAUAAACUAAGAGCUUUUUCUAGAGAUAGGAUAUGUAUAUAUCUUUUAGUCAUAAAAAGAAAACUACAUUUUACAGCGUUAAAACCCCAAAAAUCAUACCAAAAGAUUCUAUUACCAUAGUACGCAUAUAUGCCAAAUAAAAUAAUGUUUGGGAAAUAUCGUAGUUACCAUACCACCAUAUAUACUACAAAUAAUGCAAAUGGCUUCAUCCAGACCAUCCACGUUUAUAGCAAACAGAUCCGGUCCCCACCGAACAGUCUGACACCAAUUAAAUGUCGCCACGUAAUAAGCAGCACUGAACCCAAUUAGCCGUUGUGCUGUGUACACCGACCCCUCUUGCUGACCUGGCGGCGACAUCUUCAAUGUUCGAAUAAAUAUAUAAAAAUUAAAUAAUUAUACUCAUUCUCUCUCUUUGUUAUCUCCGCCCAAAAAUCUCUUUCUCACUCUCUCUCUCCUAUUAAAAGCUCAGUCUGAGCUUUUCGGUCAUUUCACGCAAAUUCGCCGGCCCGUCAUGGCUCAAUCUCUGCAGCUGUUCACCGCCUAUAACCGGUCACCUAACCAUACCUUACCCAAACGGGCCACUUACUCUGAGACUAAGCAAUUUCUUCCGGCCACCUCCAGCCGCCGUUUCCCGGUCACUGUUUUCCCCAAGCUAACUAUCCAGGCCUCUUCUUCUUCUUCUUCAUCUUCAGAUCUCGAAUCUUCUUCUUCUUCUUCUUCUUCUUCGCCUGUUCUGGUCAAUGACAAUGGCACCGGAGGGGUUUUGUCUGGUGCGACGGCGCUGGCGACGUACGCUUCUGCGACGUCUACGGCGGCGGCCGUGACGGAUUCGAGUUCAAUUGAGGUUGAUUCUGUGACGGAGGCUGAGUUGAAGGAGAAUGGAUUCAGGAGUACGAGACGGACCAAGUUGAUAUGCACCAUCGGUCCCAACACGUGUGGGUUCGAGGAGCUGGAGGCUUUAGCGGUCGGUGGCAUGAAUGUGGCCAGGAUCAAUAUGUGCCACGGCACGCACCAGUGGCACCGGAACGUGAUCAAACGUGUGAGGAGGCUUAACGAGGAGAAGGGUUACGCCGUCGCUAUUAUGAUGGAUACUGAAGGGAGUGAAAUUCACAUGGGAGAUCUUGGUGGAGCUCCUUCGGCCAAAGCUGAGGAUGGUGAAAUCUGGACCUUUAGUGUUAGAACUUACGAAUCUGGUCAACCAGAACACACCAUCAAUGUCAACUAUGAUGGUUUUGCGGAAGAUGUGAAAGUUGGCGAUGAACUUGUUGUGGAUGGUGGUAUGGUAAGGUUUGAAGUGAUUGAGAAGAUUGGUCCAGAUGUUAAGUGCAAAUGUACUGAUCCCGGACUAUUGCUGCCUCGGGCUAAUUUGACUUUCUGGAGAGAUGGGAGUGUGGUACGGGAACGCAAUGCAAUGCUCCCCACAAUUUCUUCGAAGGAUUGGUUGGACAUUGAUUUUGGGAUUGCAGAAGGUGUUGAGUUUAUUGCCAUAUCAUUUGUCAAGUCCGCUGAUGUGAUCACUCAUCUUAAGAGCUACCUUGCCGCAAGGUCUCGUGAUAGUGAUAUUGGUGUCAUUGCAAAAAUAGAGAGUAUCGACUCAUUGAAGAACUUGGAAGAAAUUAUUCUAGCAUCGGAUGGAGCUAUGGUAGCAAGGGGAGAUCUUGGUGCUCAGAUACCAUUGGAACAGGUUCCCUCAGUCCAGCAAAAUAUUGUGCAACUUUGCAGGCAGCUAAAUAAGCCUGUCAUUGUGGCCUCUCAGUUACUUGAAUCUAUGAUUGAAUACCCUACACCCACUAGGGCUGAAGUCGCUGAUGUUUCUGAAGCAGUUAGACAGCGAGCAGAUGCUCUGAUGCUCUCCGGUGAGUCAGCCAUGGGCCAGUACCCAAUGAAGGCAUUGGCUGUUCUCAGAAGUGUUAGCGUGAGAAUUGAGAAGUGGUGGAGGGAUGAGAAACAGUACGAUCCUAUGGAACUCCCAGACAUUGGUUCUUCACAUUCGGACAACAUCUCAGAGGAGAUUUGCAGUUCUGCUGCUAAGAUGGCUAAUAAUUUAGGGGUGGAUGCCCUUUUCGUCUACACAAAGACAGGGCACAUGGCAUCACUCCUGUCACGUUGCCGUCCUGAUUGCCCAAUAUUUGCUUUCACUUCCACAACAUCUUUACGCAGGCGUCUGAAUUUGCAAUGGGGUCUCAUACCCUUUCGCCUGAGCUUCUCCGACGACAUGGAAAGUAAUCUGAACAAGACCUUCUCUUUGCUCAAGGCCCGGAAUUUGAUCAAAUCUGGUGAUCUUGUAAUUGCUGUUUCGGACAUGUUGCAGUCCAUUCAGGUCAUGUAUGUACCUUAAGAGCUAUCAAAACUGCUUUAAUCCAAAAUAUUGGUUUGAACAGUUUGGUAGAUGGUGGAAAGAUAUGGAGAAUUUUAACCUAUUAGAGUAGUCAUUUUUCCUUAUCGGUCCACCGUUGGAUUUCUGCUUCCAUUAUCUAGAUUACAUGUCAACUACAUCGAUGGUGGAUUUUUUCUGAUUUGUCAUGAAAUUAGUGUGAAUGCCCCAUUAGAUGUUUUGAUAUCUGGCUUGGCAAAUGAUGCAUUAGUGUCUUCUAUUUUGAUGUUAGUUAAAACAGUUUAGUUUUGUGUAUUCUAUUGUAAUAUGAUUUGAACUAAAACUUUCUUUAUAUGAAAAUGGUUUGGAAGUUCGACUAAUUCUACAAAA